CAACAUCUUCCUAUUAUAUAACAUCUCAUUCUAACUAUCACUCUAACCUUUUUAAUUUCUCAUCCUCUCUCAAAUCUCUCUUCAAAAAAUAACCAAAAAAUUAAAAAAAAUGGGAGCUGUCUACGAAUUCCUAUCCCAUCUCUACACCAUGACCAUAGUCUUCUUCACGGUCCUCCUCCUACAAUUGAUCAUCCUAAUUCGAACAGUCGCAGGAACAAUCCUCCACUCCUGCAACAAACCCAUUACCCCCACCCGCUACCUCGAACUCAUCGAAGAGAAGAACCCAGCUAGCCGUUAUAAGAGGAAGUCUUCAAUUCAUGACCCGGCCGAAUGCGCGGUUUGCUUGUCGGCACUCGAGGAAGGGGAGGAGGUGCGACGGUUGAAUAAGUGCGGACACACGUUUCAUAGGUUGUGUCUUGAUACGUGGCUUCAAGGGGAUUGUGCCACAUGUCCACUCUGCCGGACGAUGGUGGUGCCGGAAGAGAUCGUCGUUAGAUACCGGAGACGACACAGUGAAAGAUCGGAGUACGAGGAAAGUGACGAUGAACUCAUCUUUUUGUUGUCGGCUUUUCACGGCAGUAAUCUCUAUAGACUUAUGUAGUAUAAUACUGUUGAUUAAUUGAUUACUUAACUUUGAUUAAUUUUCAAUUUGCUUCGGUCCCCACUUUUUUGAUGUGUACAUUAUAUAUAGUACAAAAAUGAAAAAUUAUUGAUGGGUAAACUAACUUUGUCGCGUUUGUAAUUCGAAACUCAAAUGAAAUGCGACGGAAACUUUAGCGAAA